AUGCUUGCUUUUGACGAAUAUGCCCGUUAUGGGCGGCAAAUGAUUCUCGAAGGCAUUGGCCUUGAAGGUCAAUUAAAGCUACAGGCUGCAUCGGUCGUUGUCGUUGGUGCAGGUGGUCUAGGUUGUCCUGCUCUCCAAUACCUAGCUGCUGCGGGGGUCGGCAGAAUCGGGAUCAUUGACCAUGACGUGGUGGAGCUCUCCAACCUUCAACGGCAAAUUCUUCAUGAUGAAUCCAAACUUGGGCUGGCAAAGGCAGAGUCAGCAUCACGAGCCUUGAGACAAAUCAACUCUCAAACCAAGUUGGAUGUGGUUUGCCAAGCUCUGACUCCAGACAAUGCUCUAGAAUUGCUCACUCCUUAUGAUGUGAUUCUUGAUUGCACUGACAAUGCCCCAACAAGAUAUCUUCUUUCGGACUCUGCGGUCACGCUAGGAAAACCGCUCGUUAGUGGAGCAGCACAAAAAUAUGAAGGUCAACUCUGCAUCUAUAAUCUCGGCGACAAUGGGCCCUGCUACCGUUGUUUAUUUCCUUCUCCACCAUCACCGAGUCUCGUGAACUCUUGUGAGGAAACUGGCAUUCUGGGGGCCGUCACUGGCUUGAUUGGAAAUCUGCAAGCUCUCGAAACAAUCAAGCUUGUUGUCGGCUUGCAUGACAAAACUGUCCACCUGCUUUUAUUCUCUGCAUUAGCAACACCGCCGUUCAGAACUAUCAAACUCCGCAGCCGAAAGCCAACAUGUCCAGCUUGUGGGACCGAAGCACAGAAAAUGGGUGAAAUUAGAUCCAUUGACUAUGUCCAAUUCUGCGGAGGUCCUCGCCCUGACUGGGAAAGUCUCGGACUUUCUCGUGGGGAACCAAACCAACGAAUAUCUGCCCUUGAGCUGCGCAAAACUUGGGACGAACAUCCGAACCUAACCAUUCUCGAUGUCCGCCCGUCUAUCGAAUUUGGUAUAUGCGCCCUCCCAGGAUCCAUCAAUGUCCCUUUACGAGAUCUAGUAGCAAACCCUCGCAUGCAUGUUUCCGCACUGGCAGACCGUGACAUCUAUGUCAUCUGUAGACUAGGCAAUGACUCUCAGAUUGCCGCACAGAGCGUUAGAGAAAUCACCCAGAGCAUCGUAGUGAAAGACGUUGUCGGUGGACUGCGAGCAUGGACGCGUUUUGUAGACCCCACUUUCCCAGAAUCAGCGGAAUCAAUGUGGUUUUGCCGUCUGCAACCACAAAAGACUUUGCGGUUCACUCCAUUGCUCGUCCCUCGAACACGAUUCUUACAGGAACCUGGCCGCAGAGCUCUUCAGCACCUGUCAUCUCCAAAGAAAGAAAUUCCAAGUCGACUGGAGCAACGGCAAACCGACUGGAAGAUUGUGAAAAGCCUCGUGAAGCAUGUGUGGCCAAAGAAUGACUGGCAGACAAAGGGCACCGUCGUCUUCGGGUUCGGACUCCUCUUCUCUUCCAAGAUUCUAAACGUCCAAGUGCCAUACAUCUUCAAGAAUGUUAUCGACUCGUUAAACUUGGACGUUACUGCCACCUCAACUGUGUGGACCGUCGUUGGAAGUCUUGUUCUUGGAUACGGAGCUGCGAGGAUUGGAUCAACCGUAUUUUCCGAGCUGCUCAACGCCGUCUUUGCCAACAUUGGUCAAAGCGCAAUCAGAAAAGUCGCGAGAGAAACAUUCGAACAUUUGUUGAGCCUCGACCUACGUUUCCACCUUUCACGACAAACUGGCGGAUUGACGAGGGCUAUUGACCGAGGAACCAAAGGGAUCACGUUUCUCUUGCAAGCAAUUCUAUUCCGUAUUGUCCCGACCGCCCUAGAAAUAUCUCUUGUCUGUGGCAUUCUGACAUAUAAAUUCGGUUGGGAUUUUGCUGCACUUACGGUCACUACUCUUGCCGCCUAUACCUGGUUUACUAUUCGGACUACGUCGUGGAGGACUCGUUUCCGUCGGGAGGCUAAUCAAGCAGAUAACAAAGCUGCUUCCUCAGCCGUCGAUUCGUUGAUGAACUUUGAGGCUGUCAAGCACUUUAACAAUGAGUCAUAUGAGAUUGCGCAGUAUGACAAGCACUUGAGGGAGUAUGAACAGUCCUCGAUCAAGAUAACCACCUCGUUGGCUUUCCUCAACUCUGGACAGGCGGUUAUCUUCUCAAGUGCACUUACGGGUGCCAUGUUGAUGGCUGCACAAGGGGUUGCCAACGGAACAAUGAGCGUUGGCGAGCUGGUCAUGAUAAAUCAGCUCAUAUUUCAGCUGUCUCUACCUUUGAACUUUCUGGGCACAAUUUAUCGUGAAAUGCGGCAAAAUCUUCUUGACAUGGAAGUUCUGUUCAGGAUUCGUGACGAGAAUUCGCCAUUGAUUGACAGGCCAGGAGCUCGUGCCCUUGAUUUGACUCGAGGCUCCAUUCGAUUCGACCAUGUCAAUUUUUCGUAUCACCCCGACCGGCCCAUUUUCCGAAACCUAUCUUUCACUAUUCCCGGGGGUCAGAAGGUUGCCAUCGUUGGCCCGUCCGGUUGCGGCAAAUCCACCAUUCUUCGUCUGCUGUUUCGUUUCUAUGAACCCGAGUCAGGCAAGAUCUCUAUUGACGAUCAAGACAUACGCAAAGUUCAGAUCGAGAGCCUACGUCGCUCGAUUGGUGUAGUUCCACAGGAGACACCACUUUUUCACUCGGAUGUCAUGCACAAUGUGCGAUAUGGUCGUUUGGACGCGACUGAUGAACAGGUCAUUGAGGCAGCACGCAAAGCAAAUGUCCAUGAUACAAUUUUGCGCUUACCUCAAGGUUAUAGUACCAAAGUUGGUGAACGGGGCUUGAUGAUCAGUGGGGGAGAAAAGCAGCGAUUAGCCGUUGCCAGAGUGCUUCUCAAGGAUCCCCCAAUUCUCUUCUUCGAUGAAGCGACGUCCGCUCUUGACGCUCACACUGAGUCCGAAUUGAUGCGAAACAUCAACAAUAUUCUCCGGGACCAGGGUAGGACCAGUAUAUUCAUUGCUCACCGAUUGCGGACUGUGGUUGAAGCAGACUUGAUAAUUGUUCUGAAGGAGGGGCAAGUGGCUGAGCAGGGUACGCACGAGCAGCUCCUGCGCAAAGGGGGGCUAUAUCAGUCGAUGUGGGUAGAACAAGCUCUUGCUGAAGUUGAUGACAACUUGAAUUAA